AUGUCUGCUUCUCAGUUGCUUGAUCUCUUAGGAACUCCUCAUGCUAUGUAUGCUGUUGUGGAUUCUAGUGCUUCUAACUCUGUUUACUCGUGUGUUGUUAGCUUAGGACCAGUCACUACUCGCUACACCACUAUUCUUCCUUGCCCUGCUGUUCCCUCUGAGUCUCUAACUGGCUUCCACGUCCCCUCGUUCUCGAGGAACUUGGUGGGCGUGAGGCCUCUUGUGAGUCAGCACGUGGGUGUGCGGAUUGAGCCCUCUGGUGAGACGGCGGUUGAUGCGUCCCCCCAGGUAGCUGCGUCUUGUCAGGUUCCCGUGUCUGGUCCUAGUUGCUGCGUCGUGCUCUUGCCGGUCGUUUGCACACCCCAUUUGUGGCACCACCGGAUGGGGCACCCGUCCCUCCCUCGUCUGCGUGCUAUGUCUCGUCAGCGUCUUGUCUUAGGCCUCCCAUGUGUCUUGCCGUCGCUGCCGCCUUCGCUUGCACCGCCGUGCGGUCCCUGCAUCGAGGGUCGGCAGCGCGCCACCCCUCACUCCUCCUCCCUUCGUCCGGCCACCGAGCCUUUUGAGACGCUCCACUUGGACGUCUGGGGCCCCGCCCCUCGCCUUGGCCCUGAGCGCGAGCGUUUCUUUUUGGUGGUCGUUGACGACUACUCCUGCUACACAACAGUGUCCCCCCUGGCAAAGAAGUCUGAGGUACGCCGUUCACCAGCUGAACCUCUGGCCACGCGUCUCUCGGCCAGAGGCUUCACCGACCAGUUUUUGGACCGGGUCCCUUGCUUCACCUUUUACCACCCUCCCUCUCACCGGUUCUUGGACUCCUGUUUCGAGGAGUCCACCCCCUACUAUGUAAACUACCCAAGUCGAGGUGUGUCCCAGGCUACCCCUCCCCCCUGGGUUGCCCCUCGGGUGUAG